AUGUCUGAACCAAGCAGUGUGUGGGACUUGUUUUCGGAAGAAGAGGUCUUUCAAUCCUUUGACACAAUUUUAGACAAUCCAUCAACUACUCUUGAAGAUGUUCUUGAUCAGGAUACUCUUCUUCAAGAGGUAAAAUCUCUCUCUCCGAAACUCAUUCAAUAUUUGACUUGUUCUAAAACUCUUCGUAAACUCAUUGAUUACAUCACCGUAGAACAAUACUUUGAGGAUGAUAUCAAGAGCUCAAGUGCCACCAAAAAGAACAAGCCAGCUAAUUUCUUUGAUGAUGAUUUUGGGUUUGAUGACAACUUUGGAAACCAAUUUUCAUCAUCCGAUAACAGUGCAAAUAGUAAAACCACCACCACCACGAGCAUAAGACAACAGGCCCUGCAAGAGGAGGAGAAGAUGAAGCAAGAGUUCCUUUCUGUUUCCAGUAUCAAGGAAAAACUCGACGAGCUGUCCAACAGACCUGAACUCAAAGCUCUCUACCAAUAUCCAUAUGUAGUGGGUGAGAUUUUCGGUUGCAGUGUCGACAAAAUCUCAAAUGCUCUUGUCCAUCAAACCGAAGAUGAAAACUACCAGCUCUAUGGAGAACGCUUUUUGGACUUAAUACUUGUCAAGUAUCUUCUUCUUAGAAAACCAUAUCAAAUUCCAAAGAACAGAAGUCUCUCUCAGUACUUGUUUAAAGCAUUGAAUGUACUGAUGGACAAGCCAGAAAAAUAUUAUACUGAUGUGGUCAAGAGAUUGAUGGAAAUUGUUGACGAUAGAGCUAUUCCAGCAAGUUUGAACGAAAUUAUUGAUGAAAACCUUUAUUCAUCAUCUGAAGUGUUACUAGAGAGUCUUUUCAUCAGAAACAUUGGUUUGUGUGGUAUUGAUAACAUUUUACUCAAAAUAUUAGGAAUGGAGUCAUCUAUUUUCCAAGAACAAACAGCAAAUAUGCAAGAUUUUGGAGCGGCAGGAUCAUUCUCAAGUUUUGCUAGCAGUUAUUCUUUCUCUGUUAAUUCAAACGACAAGUUUUCUGAAGAGGAAGAGGAAGCUCCAGAAAUGAAAAUCUACAAGUCAGUCCAAGAAUGGGCCUUUACAAAAUAUGGCCUAUAUUCAUCACUUUUGAGGAAACUAUCAUCAUAUGUUACUGAAACCAUUAAUGACGAAAUAUUAAUAGAGCUUGAGGAGGAACAAAAGAACAUUUUUUCUCUAUUGUCUGUCAUUAUAGAGAAGGCAUUGCUCAAGAGACCAGGUUAUUGCUUGCCAAGUAUUGAGGCUAUACUCUCUCCUACAAAUAUAAGAACAUUGAUAGACAUUAUUUUAAAGUGUGACACCAACAAAGGAGCACAAACAUCUCUGUUUAAUUUGGGUGUCACAUUUUUGAAACACUUACUCUCACAAGUGGUUUCCUCCAUUUCAUCAAUUUCCUCAAUGACAACCAUCGAAUAUGCCAACCUUUCAAUCACUGAUCAAAAGGUGUUGUCUCUUGGUAUUGAGGCCUUUAAAGAGCUUACUUCAUCAUCACUUUUGACAAAGUUCAUUGAUAGAUUACAAGUGGUACCACAAGUACACGAGGUUCAAGUUCUACAAUGUGGAGUACCUAUUGAACAUCCACUUGGAGAGUCACGCUUACUAAUUAUUGAAUAUGUCGAUUCAAUUUUACAUCAUUGCUCUUCUCUUGAAACUAGUUUACAUAAUUUACAAACUUCAAAGAACGAACGAGCUACUGACCUUCAAACAGCACUGUCAUCCAUAUUGACAACCCUCAAAACCAGAAAUGUCUCCCAUCAUAUCGUUCCAUUAUUCUUCCAAUAUGACUUCAAUUCUUUACUUCACAAACAAGUUCAUUUAAUGGUUAAAUCUAUUUGUAACCUAACCAUUACUGAACCAGUUGUAGCUGAAUUGAAGAAACAAUUAUUGUUCGACGAAACAUCAUUGUGUAAACGCAUUGUCGAAAAGUAUGAGAGCGUGAAAAAUGGUGUUGGUCAAACCUUCAAAGGAACAGUAGGAAUGGGAUAUUUAUUUGAAAUGGCAGAAAUAAUUCAGAAAUACAUUCCACAGUCCAGCAUUUACGCAACCACUAACGAAGAGUUGGACCAUUUGUUGACCUCCGUCAGCUCUUGGAAACCAUUCGUUGAUACCGCACUUAAAGAAUAUAUUUCGCUCAAAGAAAAAAAACUUGGUGGAUCAGCUCCAAUUGGAACCAAACCUCACAGUAAUUGGCACGUGGUGUCUGAAGGAAACUCUCAACAUAUGAGUGGUCUUCAUAUUGAUGAAGAGGAUACCUAUUAA